CCUUUACUCCCUCAGUAGCUCUCCAGCGAGCAGAAGCGAAGGAUGGAGAAGUCUGUGCUGUUUCUUCUGCUGCUGAGCGUCUGGGCCCUCAGCAGCCUCGCCCAGCCUGCAGCGGAGCUGAUCGAACAGUGCCCUGAUAGGAUUCUGGGUAACGAGAGGAGGAGAACAUGCCCGAAAAAGUGCCAGCAAGACAAAGACUGCGCCAACAAGCGUCAGUGCCUCUGUGACGGACAGUGUGGACUCAGCUGCGUGGCCCCAGGACGGACGUGUCCAUGGCCUCUUUCUACCGGUCAACACUUCGACGUGGUGCUCCUCUCUCCAUCCCCCUCUUUCUCUGCUCUUCUGGAGGUGCGCUGCCACUCUGGCUACACCAUGGCCAACGGUCUGGACGCCAUGAUACGCCGGUGCCAGGGUGACCGACAAUGGAGCGGUGAUGAACCUGUGUGCAUAGAGGGCAGUGUUGAGGUAAAGCCUGCUGUUUCUGAGGCCGGUGUUUCCUGCCCUCUCCCUGAUGACGAGCUGCUGUCGGUGGAGGGCAGUGCUGCAGCAGGAGCCACUGUUCGGUACCAGUGUGCCAUGGGAUCCGUGCUGGUUGGAAACAGUGAAAAUUUCUGCCAUGAGAACCAGACGUGGCGUUACCCUCAUCCCAUCUGUCAGCGUGUGUUCUGUCCACCUCCGCUGGAGGUUGACCGUGGCUACUUGGUGGCCGUCCAGAAAUCCGAAUAUAAAGUGGGCGACACCAUCUAUUACCUCUGCAAGAAGACCUAUCUGCUGGACGGGCCAAACCAAGUCACAUGUCAGUCAAAUGGCACGUGGAGCACCGUGCCUUUCUGCCGAGCCCGCUGUCCAAUCCCAGCACAGAGGAGCAGGGUGAUAGUGGGCGGGGCUAAGCGCUGGCCCUAUGAUUUGACGGACGGGAUGGUCACUCAUGGGGAGAAUGUAACGUUCUUCUGUAAACACUCGCAAAAGCACUGCAGCUUCACAGCCACGGCCACGUGCUUCGACGGACAGCUCACCGCACCCAGCUGCUACCUCGACCCCACCUGGUUCCAAUAUAAACUCUACCCUCACCGAUUGGUGUCUGAGAUUGAUCCGUGUGACCCCGCUGACCUGGAGGAAACACAGCAGUGAAGCUGCUCUCAUUCUAGUCCUGGGUCACAUAAACAAAAAGAACUGAACUAUCUGAAGCCCUUUCACUGUCUUUCACACAGAGCUCGGCUUCAGAGAAGCAACUGCAGCAUUUCGGAAGUUUCCACUGAAGGCGGUUUCUUAAAAUCCUCAUAGUUCACACGUUUGGAGGUAAAAAGGACUUAAGGAACCGUUCACUGUCAUUCACAAUAUUACUGGGAAAAAGAAUGUAGGGAUACUAGUGAGUUAUUUUCCGUGUAGCAACUCACUCACUUCACAUCGCAUUGACAAGGUUAUCUUAAACUGAAUCAUUACAUUGACAGUCAUUCUUAUUUUUGCCCAGAGGAUAUCGGCCCACUGUUGGCCUGCUUACGGCAAAGCUGGCGGCCCUCUGGCCUUUUGCUCAGCGAUUUCAGUGCAGCCCACUGGUGGUUAAGCAGAGUGUUGGACACAGUGUCACUUUUCAUUGCUCAUUUUCCACUCACAGUCCUGUUUACUUAUUUUUCCUUCAUUUCGUUCUUUCAUUAUCCUUUAUUAAUUAGUUUAGUAAAUCAUUUUAACAGCAAUAUUAUAAAUAAAGCUGGUUAUUCAGCUGUAACCAAUCUAGCACAGUGCCAGCAACAACAUUUUCAACAAAAUUUUAUAUUAGGCUAUUCAUUAAUCUUCUUUUCUCUUGUUUGUAGUUCAUUUUCCAAAAUAAAAGUCCAUUUAAUAGCUGUUUAAGGAGAUUUGCAACCAGUUAGAUUUUGUAUGCAGGACAGUAAUAGGUGGUCCGAGAGUGGACCGGCUGUGGCAUACAGUCUGCAGGGUGCCAGCUUAUCAAGACAGCAGACCAAUAUAUCGCUGUUGUCGGAAGAAAACCUUGUAUCUCCAUUUUUGACGUUUUUCAGUUUUUGAUAU